CGCCCUGCUUCCUGCCUUGCUGAGGGAGGGAACGGCGCUGACGGCUGGGAGGACGUGAGGAGCGACAGAAAGCCCUUGGAAAGACACAAGAGAGCGGGGAACGGCCCUGAUUUACACUGUCCGUCGGGAGAUAAGCACCCCGAAUUACCUUAGAGGCCGAAUUUGUCAAAGAAGCGGCGCCGAAAAAUGUCGAACAGUCGUCAGUUUAGCGAGAGCAGGGCCAUCCCGACCAGGACGGUGUUGAUCAACGACUCAACGCAGCUACCUCAUGACUACUGUACCACCCCUGGAGGCACUUUAUUCUCUACCACUCCCGGAGGAACGCGGAUCAUCUACGACCGCAAGUUCUUGCUGGACAUGCGUAAUUCACCCAUUGCCCAGACCCCGCCCGCUCACCUGCCUGUUAUCCCUGGCGUGACCAGCCAAAACACGCCACAUGAGAACCGGAAGAAUGAAGCCAACAACCACGUCAACAAUCACGACGGAAAGCCUACGACCGGUGACGACGCUCAGUUUGAAAUGGACAUCUGAAAGACUGGCACCAGCACACAAAAACAAACAAACAAACAAACAAGUAAAUGACCUGGCAUGCCCUGUCAUGUCAGUGGCUUGGCUUAUAGAAACAAAUGUGUUGUUGAGCCCUCAUGGCAGCCAUCUUCUUUCGCUCUCCACCUCGCUGCUGCUGCUGGAUGUCAUGUGUGUGUGUGCGCGCGUGUGUGUGUAUAUAAAAAUCUGAGAGAUACAGUGCAUACUGUCUGGUACGGCGGGGGGCCCACUCUGGAAACUGGGUUAAUUUGAAUAGAAUUCCAUAGCUGCUGUACAAUUCAGCCAUACAACAAAGGGAGCUGGCGGGAUGAUUAUGCAUCCACACACACAUGAAUGGCAGUGAGCUCAUUAACAGAGCACACCUGACUUAUCUCAAGAGGACACGGCUGUGUUUUUUAUUUUAGCCUUAAUGCUUUGAACUUCAUUAUAGACUUAUUUAAUAUAUAUAUAUAUAUAUAUAUAUAUAUAUAUAAUUAUUUGUUUUAUUUUAUUUUUGGAUUAGGAACUAUUUGAAAAUCUCCACAAUGUGCAGUUUGGUCUAUUUACGCAUGUACAGAUUUUUCAAUAUAUCAAUCCAAACCGCUGCAAUUUAAAAAAAUGACAUUGAAAUAAAAGUAUUUUAUACUGUAAUUGGAGGCCAUAAAAUUAAAUGUUGGCCUUUCUGUGUGAUAAUUCUGACCAUUCUGUGUGGAUUAUCACUAUUUUGGAAAAUUUGGAAAUUAUCAAUUGUGUUCUCUGGCAAGUACAAAUUACAUAAUAUAUUUGUUUCUCCAGGCGAAAUAGUAUGGACAGGCCUUUAUGGUUGACAAGCGCUUUAUGUUGAAAAAGAGGUGGGAAAUUCUCACAGAGUUUUUCCUUCCUUGAGAAAGGAAAUUCUCAAACUUGGACACUUGAAAAAAAAUUGUAAUGACAAUUAAUAGGAAUUAACUGGAAAUCGGUAGUGGGAAAAAAUGUAGGCAAUGAACAUUUAGUUUUGUCACAUGGAGACAUGCAUGAAAAUAAAUAAUUUUUAUAUUUUUUCAUCUGGUUAUAUCAUUGAAAAACAAAAAACAAGAAUGUUGCAUAAAUUAAAUCCAUAUCCAGGUUAUCCCUGUAAAUUCACAUUACAUCCCAAUGAAAGUGUCCUUAUUUGAAAAUUUCCCACAUUUUGUAACCCUGAUGCAAGAAGGGAGGUGAUACUUGACUUAAAUAUUCUGACCUAAUGUGGAAAUUGUUCAAGACCAAUGUAGAUUAUUUGGGGGAAACUUGAAAUGAUCCAGAUAUGGUGUAUGCAUUUAAUUUUUAUUUUUUUUCAAAGAUACCGUUUUCUGUAUUAAUGGUCUUGUUUGACUGGAGGUUAAGCAAACCUUCAGCUUGGUCAAAAGUGUCUCUGAGUUUUGAUGGUGCCAUUCCAUAAUCUGCAAAACUGUCCCCAGUGUCUUUAAUCCAUUCUACUGUAAUGACCUUUUUUUUUUUUUUUUUUGGUUAAUACAAGUGUACCCACGCCUUACUUAAAUGCAAUGCAGUACAUAAAUCUGCAGGAGUCAUCAUUUUCUACUACUGCAAAACAGAUGUUUUUGCCCCCCCAACUGUAUAAACGGACAUUGUAUUCAGCAACUGAAGAAAAUGGAUUUUUUUUGCGCUUGUUUGUUGAGGUGGAGUUUGAAAGAGUGACAGGAAACAUCACAUCACAGUCAUUUGGGUCAAUAUACGGUUAUGAUACACCUCAAAUAUCCAUUUUCCAUUGCAAAUUGAUUCAUUAUUAAUUUUGUCUAACAAAAUUCUUGAGUGCAAAGGUCAUUAAAAUCGGUUUGAUUGGACAAUGAGCGCUUAAAAAUUGUGUGAUUUUAAAACAACAAGAAAAUAUUUGGAACAAGUUUGAUUUGAGAUAACUAUUUUUCAUGAAAGUCAAAAUUCCAGUGAACGCUCUUGCUACAAGAUCAAUAAAAGUUCCUUAACAAGGAAAAUGCGAUUGUGUUCUUUAUUUUACAUCCAUUUUGUUGGUGGUAAU